GCCAGGGAAGGAACCUUUGUGAGUACUGCAGGUAUAAAGGCCAGCCCAGAACAGUACAUUGCACAUGAUGCAAAUGCAGUGUGCUUAAGGGAGCUAAUUCUGAGUUUUCUGUACUUUUGAGUGCUUGAUUUUACAGCUCUUGUCAUUUGUAACUCAUUUGGGAUGUAUGCAUCUCCUGUAGAUGAUGAGGUUGUGCUCGUUGUGGACUGAAAGUGCUUGUGGGAUGGAUGAUUGGUAUGACUCAGGUGGGAUAAACUCAACGGGACGGAGCCCUGCUCUCCUGUUCCCCCUUACCUCAAUACAGUGAUAUAAUCCUUAGGAUAGAGGCAGGCUGUCCUGCCAGCUGGGGAAGCUGCCCUGGUGCAGACAGGAUUAGCCUGUGCUGCUGGGAUGCUGUGCUGCAGAAACUUACCAGGUAGUGUGAGGCCUUCAUUCACCACCACCACCACUCAUCAGCACUGAAUCCCACACAAGAGUCUUUGAACUCGAAUGGGGAAUAUAUGCAAAUUGUUGUGAUUGUAUUGUGAGAAGGUGUUUGCAUAAAAUGUUACGUGUGGAGCAGAAGCAACCCCCACGGUUUACAGAAGGCUGAAGUUGAUAACUUCCCUACGCUGGCUUUUUAAAUAGCACUAUUCACUGAGUGCUCAUGCAAAGAAGAUGAGUGAGAGGGAUGCGGUAGGUUUAUGGGGAAGCUGCAGCAGUCUUUUCUCCUGAGAAAGCAGUGUGCAUGGGCAGGUGUGGGGGCUGGCUGCAGUUAAAGCCUGGCAGAUGCACAAUGUGCUCUCUUAGUAAUUAUUAUGUAAAUAAGUCACCUUAUUUAAACCCUGGGAGCAUCUCUCUCCAGCCUGUCCUACAGAAGCAGAAUGAAACCCAGACCACUUCUGACAAAGGUUCUGAGAAACCACAGGAGGCUGAGACCUAAAGGAAGGUGCAGAGCUCAGAGCGGAGAGGCAGAGGAAGCAGCAGAGCACAGGGCAGGAGGACAGCGUGCCUCCAGGCUGGGGAGUGCUAGAACCCAGUGAGCACUCCAGGGUAGAGGAGAAUCAAGGGAGAAAGAGAGAAGCCAGGCACACCACAGUUUCAAAGGAAGCCAAGGAGGUCCUGGGAACCAGAGACAGGAGCCAUGCCCCACAGCUCCGACAGCAGCGACUCCAGCAUCUCCAGCCAGUCCCCUCCUCCUAGCAAGCAGGACUCUUCUGAUGACAUGAGGAAAGUCCAGAGGAGGGAGAAGAACCGCAUUGCUGCCCAGAAGAGCCGCCUGCGACAGACCCAGAAAGCAGAUACGCUGCACUUGGAGAGUGAAGACCUGGAGAGGCAGAAUGCAGCCCUGCGCCGGGAGAUUAAGCAGUUGACAGAGGAGAUGAAGCACUUCACCUCGGUGCUGAGCUCCCACGAACCGCUCUGCUCCAUCCUGGCAUCGCCCCCACCCCCACCCCCGGAGGUGCUUUACGCUGCGCAUUCCUUCCACCAGCCCCACAUCAGUUCCCCACGCUUCCAGCACUGAGCCCGCUUGGGUUGGCCAAGAACCAAUUUGUGGGGCUCACUUUUCCAUCUGUAGAGGGACGAAUGGACAGACACCCCUUCUCAAAGUGUGUACUCUGAGUGACUUUGUCCAAGACUUCUUCCCUGUGCAGAAAUGGCAGAGCCACCAGCAGGCAUCUUCAGGCGGUUUCCAGCUUGGAUCCUGGAAAGAGGAGAAUUCAGCAUCAGCUGUUCCCUGGUUCUUGCCUGGGGACAUCACAGGCUGCCCUUGUACUAGUGGCUGGCUGCAGCGUGCAGCAUCAGGAGCUCCAGGCACAGGAAUGAGAGCAGGGGUGGAGGGGAAGGU